UUCUGAAACCCUCUCUUCUCUCUCUCUCUAUUAAAAUUGUCUCUCCUCCUCUCUCUGUCUCUCUCGCUCCUCAUGAUCGAAUUUUUUUAUUUAUAAAUGGUAUGUGAUAGUUACAGAUACACGUUAAACGUGUGUAUGUAUAAUCUAUCUAUAUUGAUGGAGACAAUAACCAUUAGAAUCUGACUCAUGGAUCUCAUUUUCUCUUGAGUUACUUUUCUCUCUCUCUCUCUCUCUCUCUGUGGUUUUUCUUCCUCUCCCAGAUCUGUCCGUCAACCUUACCAUUGGAAAGCUUCAAGGUUUUUGUUUCAGGGACGAACGAAGCACAAAAUAAAAGGAGUUAGAUCGCCGACCAAAGGCGCCAUGUACUUCUUUGGUUUGUCCAAAGAGGAAGUGUUGUCACAGAAACAUGUUGCAUCAUCAUCACAUAAAGAGACUUUAAAGCAGAAUCCAAUGUGUACAGUCACUCUGUUUGGGAGACGGGUGUUUCCAGUGAAAAGCUCACCUAAGCUGCUGCUGAUGAGAGAUAUCGAUCUUCGUCUUCCUCCUGCAGAUCACUACGCUAAUUAUGAUAAUACCGCUGCAGAGAUGGGAUUGCAUUCAGCGUUUGAAGCUAACAAGGAGAAAGAAGCCUCAUUAGCCACAAGUUGGAGUGGCAAAAGAAACCCAAAAAUUGUUAUUAAUCUUGAAGAGCCUCCUCACACAACAGAGCAUGCAGAUUCUAUUAGCUGUGAACCUUCAUUCUUGGCUGAUGGGAUCAGCUCAAACAUAGUGAAUAUGGAGUCAGGUUUACUGGAUCUUAAUACAACCCCACCGGCUGAUGAUGAGUUGGUCUCCGAGCCUCGUUACUGUUUCUUACAAGAUCUUAACUGUCCGUACAUUGAAGAGACAGAAACAAGCUGCGAGAAGAGCGGAAUAGAUGAUGUUCCUACGCCUCUUUGCUCUCCUAAAUGCCAAAACGUCCAUGAAAAGGACGGCACAGCAUCUCCAGCUUCGUAUACUUCUUGCUGCACCACUGAAAACAACUUAAGAACUCGACCACUGGAUCCUUCUUGCCGUACACGGCUUGAGUUUCCUGCCACGGAAGUCUCACCAGAAAAUGAAGAGGAAGAGUUCUCUAAAGCUAUUCAAAUGGCAGCUGAAUCACUAGUCCACAUAUCAGCGGUUUCAUAUCAAGAUCAAGAAUCAAAGCCUGUGUCGAGAACCAACACCUUAUCUCAAAAUCAAGACUCGGAAUGUUGUUCCUGCGAUUCAUAUGAGCUACACACAUUAGGUAUAAGCGAAACCAACACUGAAGAAGAGUUCUGUGUGUCAUCAAUGGCUAUGGAUGAGCUUAAUAAAAUGACAAGAGAUAACAACAAAGAGAUUGGACUCAAACUGAGAAGAGGGAGGAGGAUGAAGAACUUCCAGAAGGAGAUACUCCCUAGCUUAACGUCGCUCUCUAGGCACGAAAUACGCGAAGACAUUAACAUCCUGGAAGCGGUUUUGAGAUCAAGAGAGUACAAGAAGAUGCAGGGGAAAGCCAAAGGUGUCGAAGUAGGAGCAAACCAGAGAAACAAACGUUCAGUUUCACAGAGGUACGUUGCUAAAAGAAGGCGGCAAACAUGAAUGAUUUGCUUCAUUGUGUAAUCUUUUUAAAGUCUUAUGUUGUUCAAUUCUUUUUUUAUUUAGCUUACGACAUUGAUUAUUGAUAAAAAAUUAAAGAUGGAGAGCGGAUGACAUUCUGUUU